GUAUUACCCCUUAAUAAGCUCAAGUUUGUCCAUAGUACAGUAUAAGUUCAAUAUUUUUCAUAUAUAAUGUUAACCAGAAUACCCAAACAAGGUUCUGGCAUUAUAUUCCGAGCUAAAGUUUUUCCGAAGACAUUAAAAUUUUUUUCCACUACUACAUUAAACUUUAAACCGUUAGUAACUGGUAGUGGAGCCAAUGCUGCUUCUAACCCACAAUUAACAUUCCCAUGUUUGGAUAAAUUGGAACGUAAGAACAAGGAACUUUCCUUAGGAAUAUUAAAAAAACAUGCAAAUACCCUAGAAUCAGGCCCUGAACCAGCAUAUAAUUUCGAACAAACCGGAUUUAAGCUAUACCGUUCGGAAAAACCUAUCUUCUUGGAUAAUGGCGGCCAUUUACCAGAAUACGAAAUUGCAUAUGAAACAUGGGGGAAGUUGAAUGAAUCCAAGUCAAAUUUAAUCAUAUUACAGACGGGGUUAUCAGCUUCGUCUCAUGCUAAAUCUCAUCCAGGAAAUCCGAAGAAAGGAUGGUGGGAAAAUUUUAUUGGCCCCGGGUUAUAUAUAGAUACCAAUAAAUUUUUCGUGGUUUGCACAAAUGUUCUUGGAGGCUGUUAUGGAAGUACUGGACCCUCAUCAAUUGAUCCAUCCAACAAUGAACAAUAUGCCACUAGAUUCCCCAUAAUCACCAUUAACGAUAUGGUACGGGCCCAACGAGAAUUAGUUAGGGACGUGUUUGGAGUACAAAAGAUUCAUGCAGCAGUAGGUGCUUCCAUGGGAGGAAUGCAAUCACUAGCUUAUGGUUGGGAGUUCCCGGAUGAAGUUGAGAAAGUUAUAUCAAUCAGUGGAUGUGCCAGAUCACAUCCUUAUUCCAUUGCAUUAAGACACACCCAAAGACAAGUGUUGAUGAGCGAUCCUAAUUGGAACAGAGGUUUUUAUUAUGGCAAGAUUCCCCCACAUGUAGGUAUGAAAUUAGCUCGUGAGAUCGCUACCGUGACAUAUAGAUCUGGACCUGAAUGGGAAUAUAGAUUUGGAAGAAAUAGAGCAGAUGAAUCAAAACCACCUGCAUUGUGUCCAGAUUUCCUAGUGGAAACAUACUUGGAUCAUGCUGGGGAAAAGUUUUGUCUUGAAUAUGAUGCAAACUCGUGGUUGUACGUCCUGAAGGCCAUGGAUUUAUUUGAUUUAGGCGACCAAAAUAGAGCUAAAGCAGUGGCCAUCAGACAGCAAGCGGAAGAAAACUAUUAUAAAAAUAGCAAUUAUAUCCCACAAACCUCAUCAAUUGUGCCAAAGAAACCAUAUAGUGAAAAGGUAUCACGUGCGUCAAUAACUGUUGAAGAUGCCUUACAAGACUUGAAACAAGGUAUGAAGAAGUUAUCCCAAACUGAUGUAUUAGUAUUUGGUGUUGAAUCAGAUAUUUUAUUCCCAGUAUGGCAACAACGGGAAAUUGCCAAUGUCCUUCGUGACAAUAGUCAAGGAGGGGAUGUUGAAUACCAUGAGUUGGGUACGGAUGUUAGUAACUACGGACACGAUACUUUCUUGUUGAGUUUGAACGAUAUCGGGAAACCAGUAAAGAAGUUUUUGGAAGCUUAAUGAUAUAAUGACCAUUUUUUUUUUCUAUUCUUUCUUUUGUGUAUUUGUUACUUACAGAUAUUUUACAUAGUUAUCUUUUUUGUUUUUUAUCAAUAUACGAUUGUACCAUGGUGAGGAUCCAAUUCGUAUCCCAAUUUUCUACUAAUCGCGUAGAUGUAGUCCCUUAUGCGACUAACCACAACUUUGGCUAACCCGUUCUUUUUCUUGCGUUCAGUAUCUUGAGUAGAUUCGACAUGGUGAGGCAACAAAUUAUCAUGUGCGCUCAAACUAACAAACAACGCAAAUGGAACAAACCACACCAACAACCCAAAGAAGGAGCAUACUUCCACGAACUCAGGUAUAUGUGGUGGUUUAUAAUUAGGCUUCAAUCUCACUUCUAAUGGUGGGAUGUAUGGGGUGUGGAAGUGGUUAAACCACAAGAAGUGAUUGGCAACCACCAAAACACAGGAAAUCAAAAAUAUAGGUGAGGUCAAUUCAACAUAUGGGAAUCGUUUAAGGUUUUGCAAGUAAACAUAGUAUGAGAAUAUGGAAAGCAAUGUGAGUUUAAUUGGGAAUCCAUCAAAUAUUAUAAGCAAUACGAAUACGGCAAUUAUGAAGUAUAUUAACUUGGUCAAGAAUCGCUUGGUGGGUUCGGUAUGUUCUUCAACCAAUUCGGAAAUGUAGUAUAAUCCUGACGCUAUAGAAAGCACGAGGAAUAAGAAACCAACCACGGUUCCAAGGUAUGAAAGUAGUUUAAGAAUCAUCUUGGCUGUCUGACAACUUCACCUAGUCC